AUGGCCGAUUUUUGGAAAAGUAAUCCAAAGAAGUAUUGUGAAUUAUGUAAAUGUUGGAUGGCUGACAACAAAAUUAGCGUUCAAAAUCAUGAGAAUGGUAUGCGUCAUAAGGCCAGUGUGGCUAAAAAGGUCAAUGAAUUAACCCGUAGCAACAAAUGUGCUGAAAUGGAAAAGAAGAGUUUAGAGGCGUGUUUACAACAAAUAAACGAUAAUGCCCAUUUAAGCAUGAUGAAAGAUCUAGAAAGAGACCCUUCAUUGGCAAAACAGUACGGAAUCGUACUAGCAAAACCGUUACAUGCAGAAAACGUGAGCGAAGAAUCUUCUAGUAAAACACGAAAUUCAGCUACCAAUAAAUCUCAUUCUGAUCAGCCUAGUCGUGUAAAUAUUUGGAAGGAAUCAAUUACCCCAGAUGGUAAACAUUAUUAUUGGAAUGUGGCCACUCGUGCUACGCAGUGGACACGGCCAGAUGGUAUUAUAACACAAGACCAUCGACCCGUGAAAGAGGAGAAAACGCGACUAAAAGAAUUCGUCAUAAAUCGCCUUGUAGAGUUAAGCGAAUAUGGAUCUAAAGGCGCCAAUGAAGCUGUACUGCAAGUGUUCAAUGUACCUACAUCAGACAUAGAGCCUAUCAUAGAAAAAGCGUCAAAUAGCACAUCUGACGAAAAGCCCAAGAGUGUAGAUCCAACACCUAUUAACUUUCAAGGUCCACAAGUUGACUUACUUGGUCCAUGGGUUCCUUGUGACGAUCCUCCUAAGCCCAAAUUGCCGAAGCUUGAUCUUCCUGAUGCCCUCACUAGCGUUGGGAGUUUUGGAUCUCCACGUUUAGAUGAAAAACUGGCAGUACUUGCACAGGUGGAAGCAACAACGGGGAAAUAUUACGCAGAUUCAACGCUCUUCAGUCCUAAAGAACAAGAAACCAGUAAUGAUAACUUCAAAGUAGAACAAUCUAAUUCCAACGCAGCAGCUCGUAUUGUGUUCAGACGGCGUCCUACUUCAAAUCGAAGCAUACGUACCCAGCAGGACGACGAGUAG